AUGGCCACCUCCAAGGGCUCCCUUUCCCUGGUAACAGACCCUCCGCCAACCAUACGGCACCUGUCAGAGCUCCCAGGAGCCUACAUGCUGACAGGCUCUGUCUACACGCCGGACAAGGCUAACAUGAGGAGGAGGGUGCCAUGGGCACAAGGCCAGCCCAUCAUGGGCAGCAAGGCCCCCAGCAUCUCCUCAGGGCGCCCACGCCCCCUCCGGACCCCCACCGUCCCCCUCUCGGCCCCAGCACCUCCUCCGGGCCCCCAGCACCCCCUCUGGGCCCCCACCGUCUCCCCUCUCGGCCCCCGGCAUCUCCUCAGGACCCCCACUGUCUCCCUCCGGGCCCCCAGCAUCCUCCUCAGGGCCUCCACCGUCCCCCUCUCGGCUCCCACCGCCCCCUCCGGGCCCCCAGCACCCCUUGGGCCCCCCCGCCCCCCUCCGGGCCCCCACCGUCCCCCCACCGUCUCCCCUCUCAGCCCCCAGCAUCCCCACAGGGUCCCUACCGCCCCCUCCGGGCCCCCACCUCGGCCCCCAAUGUCCCCCUCCGGGCCCCCACCGCCCCGCUCCGGCCCCCACCGCCCCCCGGACCCCACCUUUGGCCCCGGCGCCCCUCGGUCAGAACGGGAGUUCUUAUCGCGGCAGCAGCAGCUGGCGGGACUAAGCCGGAGAGGGCCGGAAGGAGUGCGGCCCAGGCCCGACCGCGGACUGGGGGCGCGGCUUACCUGUGUCACCGCGAAGGUGCGCAGACGGCAAGACUCGGCUCCGGAGCUGAGGGACGCCGAACGGACCCCUAGCUCUAGAGGCGCUGUGGGCCGCUGCCGCGCCUGCGCAAAACGGGGGCCCUAG